UAGCGUCGAGGCGUUGCAGGCAACAUGAGAGAAAGGUGCCGAGCGAAACUCUAUCUCCUGAUCACUACUUAUCUAAUGUCUAGUGCUGCAAAUGCCCUAGGUUCUCCUGUUGUUCUCUCUCUUCUCCUAUCAAGUCCAGGUGUGUUUUCACCUCCCGGGACAGCAGCGUGUCCUCUCAUCUCCCCAAGUGCUCUUCAACCUGGUAACAAGACGUCAGUCAGUUCCCAAGCUCUACUGUACGUCCAUUCAAGAAGUGUAUUCAUCAUUACUCGCCUGCAUUCUUUCUGUUGUUUCAGUAAACUGACCCGCUAUGGUUUUUACUUACCUGUUUGUCCUGAGUCUUUUCAUUACAGAAGACCGGACCAUAACAACAUGAACCUGGAAAGUGUGGAUGCAUUCCAGGAACUGGUUGACUCCCUCCGCAAAGUGCGUCAACACCAGCUUCAACCUCCACCAUCUCCACCGCACCAGUUCCACCUACCAUGGCACCCUCCAUUUCACCAUUCGCUGCCAGUCCCAUGGUCAAUCUGGCACCCUAUUCUGGUUCGGCGGACGAGUACAAUGGCUUUAUCCUUCAAUACUCACUCGCCCAUCCGAUUCCCCACUGAACAUUCUAAAAUCGCCUGUGUUAUCUCUCUCCUCACAGGUCGCGCUCACCAAUAAGCGUUGUCGCUUUGGCAGCAGAAGGGCGAGGUUAUGCAAACCUUCGACUCCUUUUUGACCCACCUGAGGUGUUUGGCAUUCCUGUGGGUGACACCUCCAGGGCAUUCACAGCAUGUCAAACAUGACUGGUACCAGACAGAGUCGCUAGUCGUAGUGACCAUCAUGUUAAAAAAUGCCCAGAAGGACAAUGUGUCUGUGGAUUUUGGUGCAAAGAAGCUAACAGCUGUGGUAAAACUUCUGUCAGGAGAAGAUUACUGCCUAAACGUGAAUCUUCUGCAUCCUGUUGUCCCAGAACAGAGCACGUACAGGAUUCUUUCAACCAAGAUAGAGAUCAAGAUGAAGAAAACAGAGGCCAUCCAUUGGGAAAAACUGGAGGGAGAAGGGUCACUUUCUACUGUGAAGCACUUCACUCCCAACCAGUACCCGUCGUCCUCCCACUACACACGCAACUGGGACAAGGUGGUGGGUGAAAUAAAUGAGGAGGAAAAGAACGAGAACCUGGAGGGGGAUGCUGCACUAAACAAACUGUUUCAUCAAAUCUACUCCGAUGGCUCCGAUGAGGUCAAACGUGCAAUGAACAAGUCCUUUAUGGAAUCAGGCGGCACAGUCUUAAGCACUAAUUGGACAGAUGUUGGUAAAAGGAAAGUAGAAAUGAACCCACCUGAUGAUGUAGAGUGGAAAAAGUAUUAAGGGAUAAAUACUACACAAUUCUACCUUCGGAGUCCCAAUACUUUUCUCCAUGUGAUCUAUUCUACUUUCACACUUGGGGCACCAUUGACACAGAAUAUUCCUGGACAUGUAUAAAAAUACUGUUCAAAUAAAAAAUAUUUUGGUCUACAAAACUAGAUAAGAUUUAAUACUUUUUGUUAAAAGGUUUGUUUCAGCCAUCUUCACUGCAGAGAUCAACAUUUUUCCAACACUGAAUUUUCUUUCAGAGAUCCAGAAUAUAUUAAGUUUUCACAUCUAACAUAUGUGCCUCAAAACUAUAUUGUGAUAUUAGCUGAAGGUCAGCAGUUUUCGGAAUAUCGUAUCACUGAAUAUAAAUAUGAUGCACAUCCUGUAAAUAAAUUGAUUUUCGGUCUCUCAUUGGCUGCCCUCUGUUUACAAUUUCUGCAUUCAUGACAAGAAAUCAGUACUGUUGCAACCCGUCCUAUAAAGUUCAAUAGCAUAUUUAUGUAGUUGUUCUUUCCACCAACAAAACUUAUAUUAGAUAAAACCAAACCUAAAUCAUCUUUAGCCAAAAUAACAAAACUAUCUUAAUCCCAUAAUAGUACAUUUAAAUUUAUUUAAUUCUAGCACAUUUUUUAUUGUUGUCAAACAGCUAUAAGGAAAACUCAUUUUGAUAUACUCAAUAUCAAUAUCACUGCUUGAAGUGGGCAGUACGCAGGGCAGGCACUUCUCUAUUUUAGUCUUUAUUAUACAUUCACUUUUUCUUGCGUAAUGGUACUGCACACAUGUUGCCGGUUCUUUGCCACUCCGAGUCGAUCUAUUGUAUGGGUGAUUCCUCACUCAACUCAACUUUAUUUAUAUAGCGCUUUUUACAAUUUUCAUUGUUACAAAGCAGCUGUACAUGAGACAUAUUGACUAUAAGCAUAGUCAGUAUAAGCAAGUUAUACCUGUAAAAACAAGAAAAAGGUGAAAACACAGAAGACCGACAUACCCAGGGUUCGAAUUGAGGGGGGGGGCUGGGGCGGUCCCGGACCCCUCAUAAGCCUUAAGGGACCUCUCAUAAGGUCUAAAAUAGUGAACUUGGGGGGUCCCCUGGUUUUUCAUUAAAUCUAGACAACUAACUUUUUUUGUCAAAUUAUCAUUCUAAAACAAAACACAUUUGUCCAUUAUUUGUACAAGUUUCAUAAAACUAAAAUGUAAUUUUUAUCUGAAAAAUUCAUGCAUGCUCAAGCGCGCCACACAGUGUUCAAUGAAGACAUGCUGUCACGCUCUGUUGCUGGUGCCUCAUUUCGCCACCUGAGGGCGCUAUGCUACUCUGUGUACUGCCUGUGUUUUUGUAAUGACUCCAGUUUCCAUCAUGAUUUGUCUCGGUAUGUGUAUUGGUCUCACCUGUGUCUCAUUACCUGUUUGUCCCUUCAUCUGUGCAUAUAUAGCCCUGGUGUUCAGUUGUCUGUUGUAAAUCGUUGUAGUAUGUGCUCCCUCGUGGUUCUCGGACCAUUGAGCUACCAUUAUGUGUCUUUUUGAUUAAAUAUUUUACUGCACGUGGAUCCUCUCCUUGUUUUCCUUGCUGAACCGUGACACAUGUACAGAGAUGUCGCAGCAAGACACUGGCUGCGUGCGGAUCCUCUCAUAUUGUAAGCGUUUAUCUUAGAACUUUACAGUUAGGCUAGUAUAAUUUUGAUAUUCAAGUCUUUCUUUAUGUCCAAUGUUAUCUCACAUUGUCAAAACAGAUGCGACACUGAGCCACUACAGGUGGUGGAAAAAUAGGAAAGGGAGUGAAAAUAUUUAAAAUGUUUUGCUCUCCCCAUCAUUGCGUUCCUUUGCAAAACUUUUUGCGUUUCCCCAAGAAUAUUUUUCUUUCCCUCAGAAAACUUUUGCAUUCCCCAGAGAUUAUUUUGCGCUCUCUUCUGCAAACAUGAGCUCUGACUUUGACCAGAAGGCUACCCUUCUGCUUUUGCCCAAAGCAAUGACAUUCGUUUUUCUUAUACUGCAUUGGUUCAUAUGGAUUAUUUUCAUAUACUUGAUCUACAUUAUCAGGAGAUUAAUCGUGUUUAAAACGCUCAUACGCUUCUGCAUGAGGUGACGCGUCCUCUCCCUCACCGGCUCCAAUUAUUUUUAUUAAUAUUCCAAAAAAAGGUAACCGCAGUACAAUAAUAUAAAGAACAAGAAUCAAAGGCCAAGAGAAAAAUAAGAGGACAGGAAAAUCUCAAUUAGUAAUAAAAAAUGUUAUCAUACAUUUUGAAAAACGUGUUAUUAUUGCUAUAAAUAAAUUUAAGAGAUUUUACAAUGAGUGAAAUCUCAGCAAAAAAGACAAAACCUAGGCAAAAUCUUAUUUUAAAAAAUCUAGGCUACAAUGCAAAAUAAAAAAAUUAACAGCAAGAUCGAUAGCAUGAUCACUGCAAAAAAAACAAAAAAAUAUGUAUUUUAAUCUCUCCCUCGUGUGGAUCUCUUAUUGGAUUAUCAACAUGUUAAGGACAUUUAUGCGUGUAAUGUGGUCAAAUUGCUAAAAUGAUCCAAAAUUACAAAUUACUAAAAUGAUCCAAACUAUCAUGCUUGUACUGGCAGCUCCGUCUGUUUUUUUUUUUGAAGACUGGUUAGGGGACCCCCCAAGAGCCUUGACACAAUUCGAAGACUGGACAUACCCACAUACAAAACACUCCACACACACAAUAUGCACAUGUACUAACACACAUAGACAUACACACAGACACACACGCAGACGCACACACAGACAAGCACGCGCGCACGCACACACAGACACGCACGUACGCACAGUGUAAGCACACAUUUAAGAUAAACGAGAGAGAAACACAGAUCAAAUAUUAAACAGACUAUACAUUCCUAUAUGCAAUAUUAAUUAUGUAAAACUUUUAAAAUUCUAAAAGCAGCCCCCCCCCGGCCAGGCAAAAAAGAAACAGUAUGCAAACGGUGGCGAGGAACCCAAAACUCCAAUCGAGAAAAAAAACCUCAGGAGAUCCCAGGCCCCCUCUGGCAAAAGCUGCUGCCUCUGCACAAGCUCGACAGUGCUUGCACAACAAGGCUAAAUAAAACUAAAUAAACUUACUAAUAAGGUAAAUUAUAGAUUUAAGAUUAUCAUUAAUAAUCUAAUAGCAUUUUCAAUUUUGUAGUGAAGACGUGUCAGGUCGCUGCGUCCUUUAUCCAGCUCUAUCAUCUCAGCUCUUGUCAGGUCGCCGCUUCCCAUUCUCCGCUCUACCAUCAGGUCUGGGCAUGAACUGCAUCCUGCUCGCUGUGGUAACCUUGGAACAAUGAGACAAGACUGGCUGAGAGUAGAGUACUGUUCUGCACUCUUUGAUGCAACAAGUACAUCAGUUGUUGUUGGAAGUGUUCCUGGUUCCGGUUGAUCUAAUUAAUGCAGCCUAAACCCUCAGAGGAUUUAUAUUAUGGAAGUGUAGUGUAUGCAAGAUUAAAAAGAUGCGUCUUUAGUCUAGAUUUAAACUGACAGAGUGUGUCUGCCUCCCGGACAGUGCAGGGAAGACUUCCAAAGUUUAGGCGCUAGAUAGGAAGAGGGUCUACCACCUGCACUUGAUUUUUGAAAUUCUAGGUAUUACCAACUGAAUAGUAUUGAGUUUCUUAUAUGAAAUAAUACAUUUAAGUUAGUUAUAGGUUUCAUACACUUCCCUGAUAUUGCAAAGGCUAUGAGUCUCAUAGCAAAGGCUAUGGCCUCAUGGGUCAAAGGUUAUGGGCCCAUGUUGAGCACCAAGCAGCACCAUUAGGCAUCUGCUUAACAUUACAUAUACAUAUACACUUUGAAGACACAUUCAGCACAUUAGUUAGUUCAAGUAUAUGUUUUGCAACACAAAAGUAGACAGUAGUCUGUGCAUUACUAUACUUUACUGCACAAAGUCACGAACACUAAUGUGUUCAGUAUUAGCUUGUUUGAACAGUAAUCUUUUUGGGUUGCACAGUAUCCAUUUAACCAUGAGCUCAUUGCAAUAAAAGCUACAUUAAGCAAGAAAGGUUUUAGUAAAUGACAAAUAUGAUAUACAUUUGGCUGCUAAAAGGAAAUGUAUAAGUCAGGAAGCUUUUAUUAAAUUACAAUAUGAUAUACAUUUGCCUGCUAAAAGCAAAUGUAUACUUUUCUUUUAAGAACUUCAAAAGGGUUUCGCCACGGUUAAGUCCUAGCAUAGUAAACCUGACAUAUAACUGUGGCAGGUUAAGACCGGAGUAAGAUAUAAUGGUGGCGACUCAAAAAGAGGAUGGACUAACAAAAAAGGUGAUAUCAUGUGAAACCUGAUUGGUAGUAUGGUGGUUUUUCUUGACAUAUUAUUGACUUUUCUUAUAUUCUAAAUAUAUUACUGAGUUUUCUUAUAUAAAAUAGCUUUCUUAUAUAAAGAAUACAUUUAAAGGUAGUUAUAGAGUUCAUGUACUUCUCUGAUUGUAACAAGGGCUAUGGGCCUCAUGUAUGAGUUUGAACACUUGAACACCUGCGUACACACCAAAUAUCUUAUCAAAUUACAACAGGAACUGCACGUACACCACACACACUUUUGUAGAGAAGUUUAAUUAAGAACGUGGGUUGUUUAUCAUUAUCACACUAAACCAUGAGUUCAUUUUUAAUAAAACCAAGGUUAAAUCAUGUAUCGUCCGAAAGCCCCCGGAAAGGUGUCAAGAUAAAAAGCACUUGAUAUACGUAUGUGUUAUUGCACAUGAUAUACGUAUGUGUUAUUGAGACGUCCGAAAGCCCCCGGAAAGGUGUCAAGAUAAAGAGCACAUGAUAUACGUAUGUGUUAUUGAGAGCGCUCCCUACAAUUAAAUCCUAAUAUGGUAGGCCGGAGAUCUUAAUAUGGUAGGCCGGAGAUCUUAAUAUGGUAGGCCGGAGAUCUUAAUAUGGUAGGCCGGAGAUCUUAAUAUGGUAGGCCGGAAAUAUAACUGUAGCAAGUGCAGGAUGAAAUAUAACUGUAACGAGGCAUAAGGGGAUGGGCUAAUAAAAAUAAGUGAUGUCAUGUAAAAACUGGUUGGUAGAAGAUGAGGUCAGGUAAAACCUGAUUGGUUUGAACUGUGAUAACAACUUGAGAACAAUGUAUAAAAGAUGGAGUCAGACAUGUAUUCGUGGGGCAUCUACAGAUGAACUCUGUGUGUCUCACUUUGCUUGCUCGAGCAAAUAAAGAUUGAAACCUCUGGAAACCUGGCUCUCUUGUCUUCGUGAAUUCUUUCAACAUUGGCUGACCGACUUUUCGCCACGACAGUAGAAGGUGAAGUAAGGUGAAGCAUGAUUGGUUAACACUGUGAAAAACAACUUGAGGUUACUGAAUAAAAGAUGGAGUCAGAUAUGUAUUUUUUGGACAUCAUCAAAUGAACUCUGUGUCUCAAUUUGCUUGCUCGAGCAAAAAAGGUUUACACUCUUGGCAUCUGGAACCCUUUGUAACUGUUUGUUAUUAUUUUAUAUAUUAUGUAUAUAAGUUGGUUACUUUUUCUAUUAUUUUUGUUAAGAAGAAAAUAAGUUACAUUUAUUUUGUGAAUUUGUUUUAUUUGGUUUGGGACUUUUAUUUUGAAAUAUCGACGGUUGUAUUUAAUUGCUGAUUGUCAGCAAGGUUCUCAGUUCAUGUAAGCAAGCCAGUGGCAAACACGAACGUUAAGCGUGUAUGCUUCAAUGGAUGUCUCUUUGUGCAAGGGAUUUGAACGUGACAUUAAGGAGUAUUCAAGAUCAUUUCUUUCAUAUAGCUUGCAGCCAACAAGGUAUUUUCGCUUUAUUUUUGCUUUGCUUGUAUUUUGUGUUUGAAGUUCUUAAAAGUAUGUUUGUUUGCUAAUGUAUGUUUAGGUUUAUAUUAAGUUAAUGUGGUUUUGUAUUCAUUGUUUAGUUUUCACGGUGAUUUGGGGGAAAAGCCAUCAAAUAAACCAGUAGUAUGGAAACCACUUGUGCCAGCCUAUGCUUGAAGGGAGUGACACCCUUGUCUGUGAUAUUUUUUGCGAUGGAAGGCCGAUUUGCCACAACAUAUUUGGUGACAACCCGACGUGAUCCAGGUUAGAGGGCAGUAGGCUGACGAUCGUGACAGGUAAACCAGACAAGCUGACCGCACAAAAAAGGGCCCUAAAAACAUGUGAGCAUAUUUGCUUUAUAGUAUACAGUAUGUUUUGUGCAGUAUGCUAAAGGUAAACCCUAAAUGUCGUUGGUCCUCAUAAGCUUCUCCUAAAUUGAACACAUUUAAUGUUAAAAAUUGAACUCGUUUGAGAAGUUUUUAUGUUAUCUGGAUCUCAGGAAAGGGUGUGUGUAUGAGAGAGUGCAUGAAACGUGUCCCGCCAGUGGGGCGGAAGAUUUCAAGAGGAAAUAAAUCCCGCUGAGGAAGCGGGUCACACUGAAGGCGAGUGUGUCGCAAGAUGUCAAGAGGACAUCAAAUCCUGUGAGGAUGCAGGUCACGUCAUAGGGGCAUGCCACGCUGGACACGAAGACGCAAAGGUUGCGUGGAAAUCCUGUUUGGGUGCAGGUCACGUAGUAUGUGUGUGUUAUGGAAUUUUUUUUUUUGACACAGUUAACACAGUUUAGGAAACACAGUAUUAGAAACCAUUUAAAGGUUUUUGGCAACUUGUCGAGCAUUGAAAGAUCAAUUCAGUAAAUGUUGUAAAUAUUGCUCUUGAGGACAGCAGAUAAACAGAGAACAUCAACAAGCUCAGGGCACACGACAGUCGACAGGUUUGAAGGUAGGUUUUUUUUUUAAAGCUGUUUUAAAGUUUUUUUUUGUUUUUUUUAUUAUAUGCUGUAAUGUUCUUGUGGGGGACAAAUGAGUGAGUGAGGAAAAAUAAAAAUAAAAGGAAAUCUCAGUGUGUGAAAAUCUUUGUGUGUGCUAAACUAGAGGAGCAAUUGAUAGAAUGAGAGUUUGAGAGACUUUUUUGUGUGUGAGAGACUGAGAGAGUUAAUAAUUGCAAGUUUUUGUUGUGUGUUUGUGUCAAAGUUUUGUUUGAUAAUAAUUGUGUUCGAAAAAAGAUGAAUGCAAGCUUAGGUGUGCAUUAAGGUUUAUAGAAAAACUGUGAAUCCUUUUAGUGUUUGAGCACAUGAGAGAAGCAAGUGUGUGUGUGUGUGUAAAAGUUAGGGCAGUUGUGGCCUAAUGGUUAGAGAGUCGGACUCGUGACCAGAAGGUUGCCGGUUCGAUUCCCAGGGCCGGCGGGUAACAACUGAGGUGCCCUUGAGCAAGGCACCUUACCCCUACUUGCUCCCCGGGCGCUGCAGUGAUAGCAUUGGGGGAAUUGGUGAUCCUCUGUCCAUCUUGACUUCUGAGAGACACUGCCACUCUGAGAGGCUCUUUUUAUACCCAAUCAUGUUGCCAAUUGACCUAAUAAGUUGCAAAUUGGUCCUCCAGCUGUUCCUUAUAUGUACAUUUAACUUUUCCGGCCUCUUAUUGCUACCUGUCCCAACUUUUUUGGAAUGUGUAGCUCUCAUGAAAUCCAAAAUGAGCCAAUAUUUGGCAUGACAUUUCAAAA